AACACCACCGAAGUUCUCGGAUGAUCCGAAACAGAAACCUUUUUAGAGAGAGAAAGUCGGCUUCUUAGAGAGAGAAAGUGAAAGUGAGAGAGAGAGAGAGAGAGAGAGAUCCGUUAAAGAAGCGUUGUAGCGUACGAUCAGCUCUCCUCCACAUUCUCUUCUUCUUUAUCUAUUUUUGAUUGACUAUGUUUAUCCUAUCCACAUUCUCCUCCGCCAUUGCCACUGCCACUGCCGUAGCUUCUCCUAGGGUUUCCUUCGCUUCUCUCUCUUCUUCUUCCAAGGUUUUGGCCGUCUCGGUCAGGUUGGGCGGGGCGAGAAGGUUCGCUUGUCCUUGUUUCUUUGCCAUGGCGGAGCUCGUCAAGGACAAGGAGGCGGCGUCGUCGGCGGCUGCUGAGAGUGGCGGCGGCGUCUCGGCUUUGGCAUCGGGCUCCGGCGCCGAGAGGAAGGAGCCUAAGCGUUCUCGCGCGUUUCUCAAUGCCAGCUCCGAAGAAGAGCUACUGGCUGGAAUCAGAAAGGAAAAAGAAGCAGGACGGCUUCCUCCAAAUGUUGCUUCUGGAAUGGAAGAAUUGUAUCACAAUUAUAAAAAUGCUAUUUUUCAAAGUGGAAAUUCCAAAGCCGAUGAUAUUGUAUUGUCAAAUAUGGCUGCUGCACUGGAUCGCAUAUUCUUUGAAGUAGAGGACCCUUUUGUCUUCUCUCCACAUCACAAAGCACUGCGAGAGCCUUUUGACUACUAUAUGUUUGGCCAAAAUUAUAUUCGACCAUUGAUUGAUUUCAGAAACUCAUAUGUUGGCAAUAUUUCCAUUUUCAAUGAAAUGGAAGAGAAGCUUCAGCAGGGUCACAACAUUGUUUUGAUCUCAAACCACCAAACUGAAGCAGAUCCAGCUGUCAUUGCCUUGUUGCUUGAAGCAACAAAUCCUCAUCUUGCUGAGAACAUGAUAUAUAUUGCGGGAGAUAGGGUUUUAACAGAUCCUCUUUGCAAGCCCUUCAGCAUGGGAAGGAAUCUUAUCUGUGUGUACUCAAAAAAGCACAUGUUCGAUGUUCCUGAGUUUGUUGAGAUGAAAAGAAGAGCAAAUACACGAAGCUUGAAAGAAAUGGCUGUGCUUUUGAGGGGUGGGUCACAAAUUAUAUGGAUUGCACCAAGUGGUGGUAGAGACCGGCCAGAUCCUGUGACAGAAGAAUGGUAUCCAGCACCCUUCGAUGCUUCUUCCGUGGACAAUAUGAGAAGGCUUGCAGAACAUUCUGGUGCUCCAGGGCACAUAUAUCCCUUAGCAUUACUGUGUUAUGAUAUCAUGCCCCCUCCAAGACAGGUAGAAAAGGAAAUUGGAGAGAAAAGAAUUAUCUCCUUCCAUGGAGCUGGUUUAUCAGUAGCACCAGCAAUCAGCUUCUCAAAUUUUGCUGAUUCCUCUGAAAUAUCUGAGGAGAAGGCUAAGCAGGCGUACACAGAGGCACUUUAUGGGUCGGUAACCGAGCAAUACAAUGUGCUCAAAUCCGCUGUGCAUGGAAAACAAGGAUUAGAGGCAUCUUCUCCCACUGUCUCUUUGUCGCAACCGUGGACCUAGUCGAUCUUUCUACCGAGUCUAUCAAAAUUCUUUAAUGAUCAGACUAGGCCCUUUUUUCUUUUGACAUAUUCUCAUAGCUUCUUGACCAUAAGACCGCGAAAUGGUCGGUCCUUCAGUGCCAGAAUGCUCUUUGAGAAGAAGCCCUAUUACCUCUAAAACUCCCUCCACAGAUGACUCUAUUAGCUCACCUGUGAAUAUGCUUAUGCAGAGCUGAAAUCUUCAGAAACUCUGAGCUCUUGGAAGCUUUAGCCUUGGGUAUUUUCUAGUGUACAGCUGGAGCACAAGAAAAGCAAAUUUGCAAUGUAUAUUUUUACUCGAUUUCUAAGUUAGAACUUGGAUCUUAUAAUAUUAAGUUCAACUGUAUUAUUUCAUUUAUUUUAAAUGAGUUCUUAAGCUCU